GUACCAGAUGGUGCUAUUGAUGAAUGCGAAGAAUCACACAGAGCCACAAAAUGUGGAAAGCAGUCAGCCUCAAAAACGGAUACCUUCCGUUCGAAGGGCCUGAUGGCAACCAUAUGCCGUCAUGACAUCCCCCUUUUCCUCUGCGAUGUAUGCACUCUGGGUGAACAGCAGCACUUUUCGAUUGCCAUGCUCCUUGCACUUAGCCGCCAACUACCCUCAAAUGCCACUAUUGGAUUAAUGUAUGAUGUUGGGUGUGUUCUUGAUCGAUCGAUUGCCAAGUACAAUCUUAUCCCCGAAAUCGCUCCUAGAUUGAGCAUCGCCAUUUCAGUCUUCCAUGCCUACGCACAUCAAUUCUGUUGUCAAAUCACAUUUCACCCCUGGAAAUGA